UUAUAAACCACAGCCAUGUCGACAGACGCCGAGAUGGCCAUUUUUGGGGAGGCGGCUCCUUACCUCCGAAAAUCGGAGAAGGAGAGAAUCGAGGCCCAGAACAAGCCUUUUGAUGCCAAGUCAUCCGUCUUUGUGGUACAUGCAAAGGAAUCCUAUGUGAAAAGCACAAUUCAGAGUAGGGAAUCAGGGAAGAUCACAGUCAAGACUGAAGGGGGAGAGACCCUGACUGUGAAGGAAGAUCAAAUCUUCUCCAUGAACCCUCCCAAGUACGACAAAAUCGAGGACAUGGCCAUGAUGACCCACCUCCACGAACCCGCUGUGCUGUACAACCUCAAAGAGCGUUACGCAGCCUGGAUGAUCUACACCUACUCGGGUCUCUUCUGCGUCACUGUCAACCCCUACAAGUGGCUGCCCGUGUACAACCCGGAGGUGGUGUUGGCCUACCGAGGCAAGAAGCGCCAGGAGGCCCCUCCACACAUCUUCUCCAUCUCUGACAACGCCUAUCAGUUCAUGCUGACUGAUCGGGAGAACCAGUCGAUCCUGAUCACCGGAGAAUCCGGGGCCGGGAAGACUGUGAACACAAAGCGUAGUGCCAUUGACAUCCUGGGUUUUACUCCUGAUGAGAAAACAGCCAUCUACAAGCUGACAGGGGCAGUCAUGCACUAUGGGAACCUGAAGUUCAAGCAGAAGCAGCGUGAGGAGCAGGCAGAGCCUGAUGGCACAGAAGUUGCUGACAAGGCUGCCUACCUGAUGGGUCUAAACUCAGCAGACCUGCUCAAGGCCCUCUGCUACCCCCGAGUCAAGGUGGGGAAUGAAUAUGUGACCAAGGGCCAAACAGUGCAGCAGGUGUACAAUUCAGUGGGUGCCCUGGCAAAGGCUGUGUUUGAGAAGAUGUUCUUGUGGAUGGUUGUUCGCAUCAACCAACAGCUGGACACGAAGCAGCCCAGGCAGUACUUCAUUGGUGUGCUGGACAUUGCUGGCUUCGAGAUCUUUGAUUUCAACAGCCUGGAACAGCUGUGCAUCAACUUCACCAAUGAGAAACUGCAACAGUUCUUCAACCACCACAUGUUCGUGCUGGAGCAGGAGGAGUACAAGAAGGAGGGAAUUGAGUGGGAGUUCAUUGACUUUGGGAUGGACCUGGCUGCCUGCAUUGAGCUCAUUGAGAAGCCCAUGGGCAUCUUCUCCAUCCUGGAAGAGGAGUGCAUGUUCCCCAAGGCAACUGACACCUCUUUCAAGAACAAGCUCUAUGACCAGCACCUGGGCAAGUCCAACAACUUCCAGAAGCCCAAGCCUGGCAAAGGCAAGGCUGAGGCCCACUUCUCCCUGGUGCACUACGCUGGCACAGUGGACUACAACAUCACUGGGUGGCUUGACAAGAACAAGGACCCUCUGAAUGAAACGGUUGUGGGGCUGUACCAGAAAUCAUCCCUGAAGACACUGGCCUUACUCUUUGCUUCUGCUGGAGGAGAGGCAGAGGCUAGUGGUGGUGGUGGUGGUGGCAAGAAGGGAGGCAAGAAGAAGGGCUCUUCUUUCCAGACAGUGUCAGCUCUAUUCAGGGAGAACCUGAACAAGCUGAUGACCAAUCUGCGGAGCACUCACCCCCAUUUUGUGCGCUGCAUCAUCCCCAAUGAAUCUAAAACACCUGGUGCCAUGGAGCAUGAACUGGUGCUGCACCAGCUGCGCUGUAACGGCGUGCUGGAAGGGAUCAGGAUUUGCAGGAAAGGGUUCCCGAGCAGAAUCCUCUACGCUGACUUCAAACAGAGAUACAAGGUUCUUAAUGCCAGUGCCAUCCCAGAGGGACAGUUCAUCGACAGCAAGAAGGCUUCUGAGAAGCUCCUUGGGUCAAUCGAUGUGGACCACACCCAGUACAAAUUUGGACACACCAAGGUGUUCUUCAAAGCUGGGCUGCUGGGGCUCCUGGAGGAGAUGAGGGAUGAGAAGCUGGCACAGCUCAUCACCCGCACACAGGCUGUGUGCAGGGGUUACCUGAUGAGGGUGGAGUACCGGAGAAUGGUGGAGAGAAGGGAGUCCAUCUUCUGCAUCCAGUACAACGUUCGUUCCUUCAUGAACGUCAAACACUGGCCCUGGAUGAAGCUGUUCUUCAAGAUCAAGCCCUUGUUGAAGAGUGCAGAGUCUGAGAAGGAGAUGGCCAACAUGAAGGGAGAGUUUGAGAAAACCAAGGAAGAGCUUGCGAAGUCUGAGGCAAAGCGGAAGGAGCUGGAGGAGAAAAUGGCUUCUCUAAUGCAAGAAAAAAAUGAUCUGCAGCUCCAAGUGCAAUCUGUAAGUAUUACUUGUGUUUCUUCCAGGUGUUCUCACAAUUGCUUUGAAAGUAAGUGGUUGUCUAAGUCACUGUUGCUGCUGAAUAUCCAGGCCUCUCUGGAACAUGAAGAGGGGAAGAUCCUGCGCCUGCAGCUUGAGCUCAACCAGGUGAAGUCUGAGAUUGACAGGAAGAUAGCAGAGAAAGAUGAGGAGAUCGACCAGCUGAAGAGAAACCACCUCCGAGUCGUGGAGUCCAUGCAAAGCACCCUGGACGCUGAGAUCAGGAGCAGGAAUGAAGCCCUGAGGCUGAAGAAGAAGAUGGAGGGAGACCUGAAUGAAAUGGAGAUCCAGCUCAGCCAUGCCAACCGCCAGGCUGCCGAGGCACAAAAGAACCUGAGAAACGCACAAGCAGUGCUGAAGGACACCCAGAUCCAUUUGGAUGAUGCUGUCAGGGCACAAGAGGACCUGAAGGAGCAGGUGGCCAUGGUGGAGCGCAGAGCAAACCUGCUGCAGGCUGAAGUGGAGGAGCUACGGGCAGCCCUGGAGCAGACGGAGCGGUCGAGGAAAGUGGCUGAGCAGGAGCUUCUGGAUGCAAGUGAGAGAGUUCAGCUACUCCAUAGCCAGAACACCAGCUUGAUCAACACCAAGAAGAAGCUGGAGACGGACAUUUCUCAGAUUCAGAGCGAAAUGGAGGAUACCAUCCAGGAAGCCCGCAAUGCUGAAGAGAAGGCCAAGAAGGCCAUCACAGAUGCGGCCAUGAUGGCAGAAGAGCUGAAGAAGGAGCAGGACACCAGUGCCCACCUGGAGAGGAUGAAGAAGAACCUGGACCAGACAGUGAAGGACCUGCAGCACCGUCUGGAUGAGGCCGAGCAGUUGGCCCUGAAGGGAGGCAAGAAGCAAAUCCAGAAGCUGGAGGCCAGGGUGCGGGAGCUGGAAGGGGAGGUUGAUGCUGAGCAGAAGCGCAGCGCUGAAGCCGUGAAGGGUGUGCGCAAGUACGAGAGGAGGGUGAAGGAACUCACCUACCAGUCUGAGGAAGACAGGAAGAAUGUUCUCAGGCUGCAGGAUCUGGUGGACAAGCUGCAAAUGAAAGUGAAGUCCUACAAGAGACAGGCUGAGGAGGCUGAGGAGCUCUCCAAUGUCAACCUCUCCAAGUUCCGCAAGAUCCAGCACGAGCUGGAGGAAGCCGAGGAACGGGCUGACAUUGCAGAGUCCCAGGUCAACAAGCUCCGAGUGAAGAGCCGGGAGUUUCAUAAGAAGGUAGCAGAGGAGGAAUGAGGUUCCCAAAGCUGAACAGUGACCUGAGGCAUACAUAAAAUGUAAACCUCUCUGUUGCUUUCUUCUGUAAUUAUCAUUUCUGUGUAGGUAAUAAAUACAGUAGAGACCUUU